ACUAGUCAAAACAAUUUAUGGGUAGAUUUGUUAGAGUUUUUGAAGAAAGUUUCAAAGGCAUGUUGUAACGUUUUGUAAUUCGUGGAAAUCACUUCAAUUUCAUGAAAAGGUUGGGAGUCCAAGUACAAUGCAUCUGUUGUGGGUUUUUUCAUUUCUAGAUCAUGGAAUUUUUUCAACCAUGGAGGAAAUUAUGGACAUGCUAGAAUCUGAUUCCAAUGGCAAAGAAGAAACAAAGCUCUACUUCGAACUCCUUCCAUAUGUCAGAAUUGGGAUAAAGAUAAGGCUUCCCUUUCAACUUGCUGUCUUCAUCAUCCUUAUUUACUCUCAUCUUCUUCAUUUUUCAAAUGAUGGAGAUAGCACAUAAUGGUGAUUUAGAAGAAUAUCAGCCUUCUUUCAUGGUCCCCAAAGACCCAGGACAUCAUUUGUUGCUAAGCUAGUUGAUGUUGUUGCUGUUGAAACAAUUGGUUGAUGCCUCUAAUGUUUCGGAACAUUUUAAUAAUCUUUGUGCUCUAGAAUAUCUCAAGACCCCUAAGUUGACAGUUUUUCCCUACAGUAGAGAAUUUCUUGGCAGUAUAACAUAUGAUCAAAUGUUGAAGAGGCUAAUGUCAUGGCUGGUGAUAAUGCAUAUCACCAGUGAAGUCGUUGCUUGAAGAGAUAAUGCAAUGUGCGAGCAAAGCAUAUUGUUGGCAUGUAUGAAAGGGAACAAAUCUCUUCAAAAGGUAUAUUGCUUUAUCUUCAACAAAGAGCUCAUCAAAUAUGUCUUUCAAUAUAUACAAUUUUCUGUACUAUUUUUUGUAAGAAAACCUCAUUCAGGACUAUGAUGUGAAGAAUUGGAGGAAGCAAUUGUACAACCUCAAGGAUGGGAAUCCAAGCUUCCUUGUAGUUAUUCAACGAUUUUGACCAUUGGAGGAUAUCUAAAUGUCAUUAGAGAAUGUGGGUAGAAUGUAUGGAGCCUCGGAUUGAUGAGGAGCUAGAGAUCGUGCACCCUGGUCCCCAAAAUUAGUCAUUGUUGACACGACAACCAUAUCAUCGAUCAGAGGACAUUUGGAAUGGCGAGGACCCGAGCCCAUUUACGUGUCGUGGUCGCACUAAGGAGAUGGCACACAUUCAUAUUCGAGAUAAUCGAGUGAUUGACAUUAUCAAGUUGGUAAGGCUGGAAAGAUUGUUUAGGGCCCCUUCCAGAAAAAUAGAUCAUUGCCUAAUAUCGAGCCUAGUUGAGCGUUGGUGGCCGAAGACUCAUACGUUCCAUCUUCCACAUGGUGAGAUGUCAAUCACCCUACAAGAUGUGGAGGUCAUUUUCGGACUUCCUAUAGACGAUGAGGUCUUGGUUGGGCCGACUGCUGUGGUGGAUGGGGAUUGGAGUCAACUGUGCUUGAAGUUGCUUGAUUUUACUCUGGUGAAUGACAACAAAACCUUGGUGGUGCAAAGAAUUCUUAUCAGCCGCCUUGUUGACGCCAUUGUAGCGCCACUACCUUAUGACGCAACGGAGAUUCAGAUACACUAGUAUGCUCGGUGCUAUAUUUUAGCGCUACUAGGGGAUAAGCUUUUCAUGGACAAGUUGGGAGAUAGGGUGCAUCUGAUGUUCUUGGAGUUCCUGCGGAACCUUCAUGAUCCGCCAUAAUAUAGUUGGGGUAGUGGUUGCCUGGCCUGGUUGUAUAGAGAGUUGUGUCGAGCAAGCAAGAAAGGGACAUCGCAGAUUGGUGGGGUGUGCACCUUGAUCUAGUAUUGGGCAUGGGCAAGGUUGCCAUUCUUGUGCCCAAGGAUAGAGCCCCCACCUGGAUGUGAUUAUGGCCCAUGGCCAUGUGCUCCACUUGCAUUUAAGUGGGUGCGGGUGCCAAGCCCGAAGAGUAGGCCAUCUAGCACAGCCUUGAUCCACUAUCGCGAGCAAUUAGUUACAAUGCAGCCAGACCAGAUUGUGUGGCAGCCAUAUGAGGCAGACUUCGGUCACCUUUCUGAGUUCUGCGUUGCAGGGAGGGAUACGUGGACAGCAAGGGUGCCGCUUGUGUGUUUUUGCAUAGUAGAGAAACACCACCCGAACCGUGUUCUUCGACAGUUUAGGUUGGCGCAGGAGCCGCUUGACAAUGUUGUGUACGAUGAUAGACUGCAUAAAAUAGACUUACGUGGGAAGGUGGAAAAGAAUUGGAGGGAGGAGCAUGGACGGUAUAUCAUUUCAUGGGAUAUGAGACGACAACAACUUUGUCAUGCACCUCCUCAGAUUGGUGACAUGCCCUGUGAUCAUGCCUAUUAUUGCUGGUACCGUCCGAUCACUCGAAAGUAUGUCGACCGCACGCUAAAUUAGAUAUAAUGAUUCAAAGCCAUUUAGCGCUGUUGGAGAUGCUUCCUGAAGGCAGCUGAGCUCACAACCAUGUCCGACGCGUCCUAAAUAAUGUGGCUAGGCUUGGUGGUGGUCCUGCAGCCGAUGGCCAGGCAAUCAAUGGGCAUGACACUAAAUUAGUAGCUACUGCAACCCCAAGCACAAGCGCAACACCCGUAAGUACAUUGACCUGUGGUCUGUGUGCUACUGCAAGUCCAAGUACAAGCGCCAGUAGGGGCCGUGGUCAACCUGGUACAGCAAGCCCAAGCACAGGUGCACCUAGGGGCUGUGGUCGGCCUGGUACAGCAAGCCCCAGCACAAGUACACCUAGGGGACGUGGUCGGCCUGCUACAGCAAGCCCAAGCACAAGUGCAGCUACAGGCCGUGGUCCACAUGCAACAACCCCUCGGGUUGUAACUACUCCUUUACUUGCACCCAUCUCGCAUGCAUCGCCCGAGGUCCAUCCACCCAUCCCAGAUGCAUCUCCACCCAUGGUAGAUGCAUCUCCUCAGCCUGAGGUCCCUUCACCCACCCCACCUUCGCAGCCCAGUUUUGAUCUCGGUAUUAAUUUUCAUUUGACCCCUCCUAUACACCCCGAGACACCCUCAUACCCACCCACAUGCUCUGGUGCACCCACUAUGCCCAUAGACCCACCUACCUCAUCCUCAUUUGACCCUCUAGGACCUCCGGUUGGGACUGACACUGUACAGCCAGCUGUACCGGACGAGCAUCCCCCUCCUCAGCCCUCACCAUCACAAGGUAGACUGCAACGUGUUAGAAGAACACCCACUUGUGGAACAGGUGGACACAAAAUAGGACGUGCAGGCAGCUCUAUGCCUAAGGAUGAUGCCCCGCAACCUCCUCCCCCGCCCAAACAUUACACAUGGGUUAAAAAACGCAAAAUUGGUGAACCUUGAAAAAGAGGAUUAAUUAUGCAUUGUAUGAAGAGCUUGAUGGAAAAUAUGUGGAGCACACAAGAGAUGUGUAUGGGGAGUGUCUGAAGCAAAUUCCUCAUGAGAGAUUCUCUUUUGCAAAAUUAUGGCUUCUAGCUACUCAAUUUGAGAUCCGGCAGCUAAAUCUCAAGGCUGCACGACAAAUCCUGGGAAAUGCAAUUGGCAUAGCUCCUAAAGAUAAGAUAUUCAACAAGUAUAUUGAGAUAGAGCUUUAGCUUGGAAAUAUAGACCGUGGCUGAAAGCUUUGUGAGAAGUAUUUGGAGUGGGCGCCUGAAAACUGUUAUGCAUGGAGCAAGUAUGCGGAGUUAGAGAGAUCUUUGUGUGCGACUAAGCGACCUAGGGCAAUCUUUGAGCUUGCAAUUGCCCAACCAGCACUGGAUAUGCCGGAGUUAUUGUGGAAGAACAUCUGCACCUGAGUAAAAAGAGGAAAGAGCAAUGCUACUGGAAUGGUGGCUGAACAUGGAGAGCAGUUUUGGGGAGCUUGGUGAUAUUAGUUUAGUCCAGGCUAAGCUGCCAAAGAAGCUGAAAAAGAGGAGGCAGAUGGUGUAUGAGGAUGGUCCGGCUGGGUAUGAGGAAUACAUCAAUUAUAUGUUCCCUGAGGAAGCUCAGACGACUAAUCUUAAAAUCUUGGAAGCUGCCUAUAAGUGGAAGAAGCAAAAGAUUUCUGAUGAAGACUAGCAUGGUUACCUGUUUUUGUAGAAUUUUAGCUUUUGGUGUAAAUACACAAUUGUUUUUUUUGUAUGUUAAUUUGGUGAAAAUGAAGUAGUUUAGCUGCUAAUCAUAUUUUUCUGGAAUGAACGAUUGCACCCCCAAAAUCAGUUGAGGGAACUUAAGAGUUGUACGGAGUGACUAGAUUAGAUUCUGAGAAUUUAUUAUCAUAGUGAUGAAUCAAGCAUAUCCUUCUAGGCUGAAAUUUAUUUUAUCAAUUCCUGAAAUGCACUUUGAACUGAUUGUUGAUUAUAGAUAGUGUCAUGUGAUAUCCACCAUGGAGAAAUUUUUCAUAGACAUUUUAAUAACUUAUGGUGCAUUUACUGUGUUAUUAGUAACGCCACAGAGAUGGUAAGCUCUAGAUGAAUUUGCCACUGUACAUGGCAUUGGAUGAAAGUUUUAUAUUGCAUGCCUUUUUGAUCUUAAGUUUUUCUUUUGUUUGGGUUCAGAGAGACUUCAAAAAUGUAGCCAAUAAUAUGGCUAAGUGCUGCUGUCUAUAAUUCAGUACUGAUCUGUAACAGUUUACCAUCAUGGUAGGACCAUAUAGGCUGUUAAGACAAUUAAAUACAUUUCAUGCUUGUGAAUGAAAAAUAGGAGAAGCUUUAUGCUUUAUUCAGUUGCUGCAAAAUUAGAGAGAAGAGAUAGGAGUUUGAUAUGACAGAUUUGGGUUUUUUUAUUUAACAAUAAUGGGGUUGGAGAAUAGGACUAAAAGUUGAAAUUUUGGAUUCUGACAUGGUUAUUGCUGAAUCACAGAGAUUCAGGCUGCUGGUAGUACAUAUGGAAACUAUUUUUGUGUAACAACUUAUGGAGAAUCUCAUGGAGGUGGUGUUGGUUGCAUCAUUGAUGGAUGCCCUCCUAGACUUCCCUUAUCAGAAGCUGAUAUGGAAGUUGAACUUGACAGAAGGAUUACAGUGAAAUGUCAACGGCUUAUAGGCCUUCUCAUGCAGAUGCUACUUGUGACAUGAAAUAUGGUGCAAGAGCAGUGCAGGGUGGUGGUAGAUCUUCAGCAAGAGAAACUAUUGGAAGAGUUGCUGCUGGGGCUGUUGCCAAGAAAAUCCUUGAGACCCUUGCAGGAACCGAGGUAGACACCUUAAGAGAACUUCAGAGACUAUAUGAUGAGCUUGUUGCUUCUGCUGAUGCCUGCAGGUUGGAUAGGUAUUUGGCUUCUGAAAAAGCUGGAAGGCAAUGGUCUCGAUUCAUACCCCAAUCUUCAUACUCGCCUGUCAAGGGUCUAUAUCUUUUUGGAGGAGUAGGGACUGGAAAAACUAUGUUGAUGGACCUAUUUUUUGAUCAAUUGAUUUCGACAAGGUGUGGCCAAUCUUCGACUCGGCGCAAUCGAGGGAUUUUUGGAAGAUUUGUAGAACUCUUGUGGCAACUUUCUUUGCAUGCUUUGCGAGAGGUUCAUAGACGGACUUUUGCAGCUGAUGUAGCUUCUAAUCCACUGCCUGGAUCGCUGACCAAUGUAGCCUUUUCCCAUGCAGCCACAUUACUUCCUGUAACAAAGGCAAGAAUAGCAUUCAAACGGAGAAGAUUUCUUAAGAAUGCAGAAACAGCAGUACAACGACAAGCUAUGUGGUCAAAUUUGGCUCAUGAAAUGACUGCAGAGUUUCGUGGUCUUUGUGCUGAAGAGGCUUAUUUGCAGCUAGAGCUGGAAAAAAUGCAUGACUUGAGAAAUAAAGUGAAGUCAGAAGGGGAGCUCUGGGAUGACCUUGUAUCUAGUUCAAGUCAGAAUUCCCAUUUAGUUUCAAAGGCUACUCGCUUGUGGGAGUCAAUAUUAGCUCGUAAAAGUCAACAUGAAGUUCUUGCCUCAGGUCCUAUUGAGGACUUGAUAGCUCACCGUGAACACAGGUACCGCAUCUCUGGAUCAUCUUUGCUUGCAGCUAUGGAUCAGAGUUCUCAGGUUCCUUAUUCCGAUGUCUUAUCCGUCCAGCCUAGUGACCUACCUACAACACAUAUGGAUGGCAAAGAGCAGAGUGAUGGAUCAUAUGUCAACGUAAAUAGGGAAAAGCUGAAGAAGAACUUAGAUUCAUCCCAUUCACAAGUAAAUGAUGAAACAGUUUCUCGAGUAGAUGAUAGAAGUAGAAGAGUCCAGCCCACUGUUGAUGUAUCUGAAAUCAUCAGGCGUUGGACACAUGCUUUACAGCGUAUUCAUAAGCAGUCACUUCAUCUGGCAAAAGUUAAUGAUGGAGAAGGUCCAGAAAUUUUACGAAACACACAGGAUGGUGGUACAAGUGGCCAUCCUGAGUCUUAAGCUGCCACUCUUGCUGAGCAUCGGCAGCACUUAGCUAGCUUUCAGCUCCACUGUCCGAAACUGAAGCAGCCUUGAUGGAGCAUUGAAACAGGUGUUUGGGCAACCUUGCUCGUGUUCUAGAGCCAGAUAAUUCGGUUGCUGUGAUGGUUUUGUUUUCAUUCCUCAGUGGGCAUACUCUUUCCUCCCCAUUAUUUUUGUAUGACACGGUGUUUGUAGGAUAUCUCUUUUCCUUCUUCAUCUUCUGUAUAUUCUGCCCACAGAUUCGGCACAUUUUUUAUCCUAUUGUGGAGGGAACUAUGAGCCAUUGGGCAGCACCUUUUUAGAUGCUUGACAGAUGCCUGGAACUUGAGAUGGUCGUAAUGUAUCAGAAUGCUGACCUGGGUGUUGGCCAAAAUCUGCAGCCAACCAAUAGAGUCCGAAUUUGAAAACUUCCCUUGACAGUCGGUUCAUAAAAUGUUACUGAAAUGCGGCAUCCCAUGGUUAGAAAUAGAACGUGAAGGUUGGUUUCUAGCCUGACAAGUUUCUGGCAGCAAUACAACAUUCACUUAGCAUCCUGUUUUUAACUGUCAAGAAUGAUUGUUGAUGGACUGUUUAUUAUGUGUUUGAUAGAUGUGUAUCACAUGAAUUUGAUAAUGUAUUUUGCGAUUCAUCAGGAAUGAGAAGUUACAGUCUGUAACGGUUGGAUUACUUUUAUUUAUUUUGUUAAGCAAGGCCAUGUUUCGUUAA